AUGGACCACAUGCUGGUGUCCAGCCUGGAGGGCAUCACAGAGUUCUGCCAGAACAAGUCGUGUUACUUGUGCCGCCACACACAUCCUGUACAGCGAGGACGCACAUCAAACUCCCAGACCAGCCCGGGGCAGUACCUGACCAACGGCACCGACCCGUACAACGGCCAGCCGUACCUCUCCGGCUUCAUCUCUCUGUUGCUGCGCGCCGAGCCUUACCCCACCUCUCGCUACGGGGCCCAGUGCAUGCAGGGAAACAACCUGAUGGGCAUUGAGAACAUCUGCGAGCUGGCGGCCAGGCUGCUCUUCAGCGCCGUGGAGUGGGCCAAGAACAUCCCCUUCUUCCCCGACCUGCAGCUCAUGGAUCAGGUGGCUCUUUUGCGUAUGUCCUGGAGCGAGCUCUUUGUCCUGAACGCCGCCCAGUGCUCCAUGCCGCUCCACGUAGCCCCUCUGUUGGCAGCGGCAGGCCUGCACGCAUCGCCCAUGUCAGCGGAGCGCGUGGUGGCCUUCAUGGAUCACAUCCGGGUCUUCCAGGAGCAGGUGGAGAAGCUGAAGGCCCUGCAGGUCGACACGGCUGAAUACUCCUGCCUCAAGUCCAUCGUGCUCUUCACGUCUGAUGCAAUGGGGCUGUCAGAUGUUACGCAUGUAGAGAGCAUCCAGGAAAAGUCCCAGUGUGCCCUGGAGGAGUAUGUAAGGAACCAGUACCCGAGCCAGCCGAACCGCUUCGGACGCCUCCUCCUCCGCCUGCCCUCCCUGCGCAUCGUCUCUUCUCCGGUCAUCGAGCAGCUGUUUUUCGUCCGCCUGGUUGGCAAGACACCCAUCGAGACGCUGCUCCGCGACAUGCUGCUCUCAGGCUCCAGCUACAACUGGCCGUACAUGCCCACCGUGCAGCGCGACCGGCCCAUCUCCCUCCACUACAACGAGAACGGGCCCUGAGGAGGACGGACAGGAAAAGCUGCGGGAGAAAUCAGGCUGAACGUCCAUCAAACUGGUCAUCCAUCCAUCCAUCCAUCCAAUCUCCGCGUUCAACUUCCUCUCCCAGCUUCUCCCUCACCAUUCCGCUUAAAAAACCCAGACUGACGAUACCAUCCGUUUCCCGGUUCCUCAAGCCAGCCAAUCAUUCAUGGCGAUUGCAGAGACUUGACGGCCCGUCAGCCAACAGUGCAGGCUACAUUUGAGAUGUGGCACGAGAUGGACAAGUUGGUAGAACGGGUUAUUGCGCAGUUCAAUAGCAGGUCUGAUGGACUCACUUCAGAUGUCACUUGUCUCAAACCCCAUGAGAAAAGGGGGUAGCAAAAGACAACAUAUUUGCUUUGCUGUUGGUGCCUCAGUACGGUGAAUACUGAGUAAGCGCUUUGCCAAUGGGACUCUACAACCAAGAGCACAAGGCCUAUGUAUAUUCACACAUUUUUAAAAAGAAAGCCCGAAGCCAUUAAAAAAAAAAAAAGACAAAUGCCAAAAUGUCUUGGACUUUUGCAGAGGACAUGUUUUAUUGUGUGUUUGUAUUAGCACUGUUAAUAUGGAGAGAAAACUCAUGAUUGUGUCCAUAUGUACAGUAUAUCGUUGAUUCAUAGGCAUCUAGCAUAUUAGAGUUCAAUGGGAAAAGCUCAGGUUCAAAGGGUGGGUAGAAAGACAUGCCAAUAUCAGUACAAAAACUAAAAGACAAACACAGUAAACAUUUACACUUAUCAGCAGCCUUUGCCAAAGCUGACAAUGCAUAUUGUUUGCAUUUUUUUGUGAUAGUGUUGGUGAUGAAAAUUGAAUUUUUUGUUUGUUUAUAAUUCGACGAUAUAAUUGUUUUGGGUCUCAGUGGGAAAGAAGGUGUUUGUAAAAAAA